UUCAUAUAGACAGAUAAGCUCUUUCUCAUUUUCAGUUCUUCGUUGUCCAGUCGCCACCUCCAGUCCGCCACACUCCCAGCAGGCCAACACCGUCCCAUUCUGCGGCAGCCACCAGCGUCCAGUUCUUCUCCAGACGCCGCCGUCCUUUCUGCUCCGCCGUGAUAGUCUCCCUCAUCUCCGACGGUACGUGCCCUUCCUCUCCCAGAGAUUGAAGCUGCGAGUUCCUCUGUCCGCCACUCCGCGAGCUCUGCCGUCGUCUUCUGCCUCUCGUUGCCGUCUCCUUCAUCCCGACUCGCCUGCAGUUCCAUCCCUUCCGGCGUUCAGCUAAAGUAAUAAGAUGUCGCUGCGGCGUUUCUUGGGAUUUUCCGAUGGUGACCUGAUGAGGUCUGAUGCAAAACCUUGCUCCAGGUUGAUGAGACACACUGCAGGGAUAUACAGUGUUGGUGGAGCCUUAGGAUUUUGGGUCCUGUGCCGAUUGCACUAUGGCCCUCGAAUUACAAUUCCCAGGAGUCUUCGUUGGGCAGCUUGUGGUGCUGUAACUACAAGCGCAAGCACAGCUUUGCUGGUUCGUUUAUUUAGUCCCGAGUGUGAACCCCAGAAUAUCGCUGCUUAUGACAACAAAAAGUAGUACUGGCUGUUCCUCUCUCUUUUAUUACAUAGAAAGCAGAAAAAAAUGAUAUAUUUUGGAUGCUUUAAUGAUGGACUAGCAAGAGUGAAUCACACCACACCAGUAACUCUUUUAGCAUCUACUUAGUGGAUCAGGUUACCGUUUUAUUGCAUUUGUAAGUUUUAUUGUAUUCCCUUUGAAUUUUAUCGUAUAACCAAUGAAGGUCACUUCAUAACAUCACAAGGAGUAAAUUAAGCUAGUUACUUACCAUGUCUAAUAAUCUUUUUUCUCAAAACUAACACUUAAGAUAUUCGAUUAUAUGCUGACUAUAAAGAUCAUGAAGAAAGUCAGCAAUUUCCUUUUUGGUCUGAUUAUAUGCUGAUUAUCUUAUUUAAGAGUUUCAAUCUAGUUAUACUAGUAAUGACAUUAGUUUAUCUUUAUACUCCAUUUUUACUAGCUGCUCAAGUGCUUAUUGCUGUGAAUGCUGGGUAUAUCGGUGUAUGCCUAAUGCUUACAGUCUCCAAAAUUGACAAUGAAGAUAUGUGUGGAAAUGACAGCAAAAGCUAAAAUAAUUGGGAAAUGAAGUUGGCAACAACGCAGGUAAUGGGGGCCUUAAAAACUUGGUUCUGUCCAUCACCUUAAAAAUUGCUUGGGCCUCACAAAAGAAAGAAAAAAGCCCAACAGCAAGAUCAAGAAAGUCAG